AUGUUUGCUGCUGCUACCAAGAGCUUUGUUAAGCAAGUUGGAGAUGGAGGGAGAUUAGUUCCUGUUCCAAGCCUCAGUGAAGCUGACAAAUAUCAACCUCUGAGCCUCGUGGUUAAAAAGAAAAGAUGCUUUUUGUUACAAAGACCUAAAUUUACCUCCACACCUUUCACUCUGAAUGAUAUUCUUCUAGGAGACAGAGAAAUUUCAGCUGGUAUCUCAUCCUACCAAUUACUGAAUUAUGAAGAUAAAUCAGAUGUUUCACUCUAUGGAAGGCGAGGAAAUCAUAUGGUGAACGACGUUGGAAUUAAUGUUGCCGGGUCAGAUUCCAUUGCAGUAAAAGCUUCCUUUGGUGUGGUAACUAAGCACGAAGUGGAAGUAACAACAUUACUCAAGGAACUUACUACCAGAAAAAUUAACUUUGAUCACUGCCUAAUCCGUCAAUCAAUGAGUAGUAGAAAGGCAGUAUUGUGUGUGGUCAUGGAAAGUAUUAGAACAACACGCCAGUGUUCAUUAUCUGUGCAUGCUGGAAUGCGUCGUGGGGAAGCAGUGAGGUUUCACAUUAUUGAUGAACAAAAUCCAAAGGGAAGAGACAAAGCUAUUGUUUUUCCAGCACACACAACCAUAGCGUUUAGUGUUUUUGAACUUUUCAUUUAUUUGGACGGUGCCUUUGACCUUUGUGUCACUUCAGUGUCAAAAGGAGGAUUUGAAAGAGAAGAAACAGCAACAUUCGCAAUACUCUACAGAUUAAGAAAUAUACUGUUUGAACGAAAUAGGAGGGUGAUGGAUGCCAUUGCUCGCUCAGAACUUUACAUGGAUGACCUUUUCUCAGAUUACUACUAUGAUAAACCCCUCAGUAUGACUGACUUCUCUCUCAGAGAAGGAACUCAUGUCCGAGUUAACUUACUCAAUCACAAUAUUCCAAAAGGGCCUUGUAUCCUCUGUGGAAUGGGGAACUAUAAAAGGGAAACUGUUUAUGGAUGCUUUGAGUGUUCUUACAAUGGACAAAAGUAUGUAAGACUUCAUGCUGUGCCUUGCUUUGACAUUUGGCACAAGAGAAUGAAAUAA